AACGGCAAACAUGCAAUUCCCUUUCCGCUCACGUGGGUUUGGACUUUGCCCUGUUCGGAGGGAAGCGGGCAGUGGCCUGAUGUCAGAGAGGCAGCUGAGAUUACCUCUUCUUUGCCCAGGAGCAAAAACAGCUGCUAUGCAGCCAGCUCAGGAAAUGGUGAUGUUUGAGGAGGUGGUUGUUCGUUUCACCUCAGAGGAAUGGGCUUUGCUGGAUCGAGACCAAAGAGAUCUCUAUUGGGAGGUCAUGCUGGAGAAUUAUGCGGUGGUGGCUUCUUUGGGGGGACAUCUGAGUUCCAACCCUGACUUCCCAUUCUGGCUGCAAAGAAAAGUCCUCUUUGACCAAGACUCCACAGAAGAGGACAGAUCAGCAGGUGAUGUUUGUGAGUACAAGAAUGAGGGGGAGCCAUUGAGAUGGUCUUUGGGAAGAACCAACCUGAGGAAUCAAGAUGGAACAAAUAACCAGGACAGAAAAAGACCACGGAAGCAGAAGGAUCCAUCACAAAGCCAUCAAGAGGGUGAAAAGAUUCAAUGGGAUACUUGUAAUGGAAAGAAGAAUAAAUGUGGGGAAAGUUUUGCUCUUAAUGGACAUCAAGGAAUCCAGAGAAAAGAGCAUAAUUAUAAAUGUUUGGAGUGUGGCAAGUGCUUCUUUAGGAAAUCAUGCCUUGGUCGACAUCAAAGAAUACACACAGGGGAGAAACCACACUACUGCUCAGACUGUGGCAACAGCUUUGCUCAUAAGUCAGGCCUCAUUCAGCAUCUAAGAAUUCACACUGGAGAGAAACCAUUCAAAUGUUUGGAGUGUGGGAAAUGCUUCUUUCGGCGAUCAUGCCUUGGUCGACAUCAAAGAAUACACACAGGGGAGAAACCGCACUGCUGCUCAGACUGUGGCAACAGCUUUGCUCAUAAGUCCGGCCUCAUUCAACAUUUAAAAAUUCACACAGGAAAGAAACCGUAUGAGUGCAUAGACUGUGGGAAGAGCUUUAGUCAGAUUGCGUAUCUUAAUCGGCAUCAAAGAAUCCACACAGGAGAAAAACCAUAUGAGUGUGUAGAGUGUGGGAAGAACUUCAGUCAGAGUUCAUAUCUUAGUCAACAUCAACGAAUUCACACAGGGGAGAAGCCAUAUAGCUGCUCAGAUUGCAGCAAGAGCUUUUCUGAUAAAUCAAGCCUGGUUCAACACAUAAGAAUUCACACAGGAGAGAAGCCAUUCCAGUGCAUGGAAUGUGGGAAAAAUUUCGGGCGGAGAACUUACCUUAAUUAUCAUCAAAGGAUCCAUACAGGUGAGAAGCCACAUAGCUGCUCAGACUGCAGUAAGACCUUCUCUGAUAAAUCGAGUCUUGUUCAGCAUCUAAGAAGAAGUCACACUGGAGAGAAACCAUUCAAAUGUUUGGAGUGUGAAAAGAGCUUCUUUGAUAAAUCAAGUCUUCUUGGUCAUCAAAGAAUUCACACUGGGGAGAAACCAUUUAAAUGCUUGGAGUGUGGAAUGAGCUUCCGUAAGAGCAUGCACCUUAGUCAACAUCAAAGAAUCCACACAGGAGAGAAACCUCAUGGCUGCUCACAGUGUGACAAGAGCUUUUCUCAUAAAUCGAGCCUUAUUCAACAUCUACGAAUUCACACAGGGCAGAAGCCCUACAAAUGUCUUGAGUGUGGAAGAAGCUUCACCUGGCUUUCAGGCCUCAUUCAACAUCUAAGAAUUCACACAGGAGAGAAACCAUAUGAGUGCAUAGAGUGUGGGAAGAGCUUUAGUCAGAAUGCAUAUCUUAGUCAACAUCAAAGAAUUCACACAGGGGAGAAGCCAUAUAGCUGCUCAGACUGUAGCAAGAGCUUUUCUGAUAAAUCAAGCCUUGUUCAACACGUAAGAAUUCACACAGGAGAGAGACCAUUCAAAUGCACAGUAUGUGGGAAAAGUUUUGGACAGAGCAACUACCUUAAUCGACAUCAAAGGAUUCACACAGGUGAGAAGCCACAUAGCUGCUCAGACUGCAGUAAGUCUUUUUCUGAUAAAUCAAGUCUUGUUCAACAUCUAAGAAUUCACACUGGGGAGAAGCCAUUCAAAUGUUUGGAGUGUGGAAAGAGCUUCUGCCAAAGAGCACAUCUUCGUCAACAUCAAACUGUUCAUACAGGAGAGAAACCACAUGGCUGUUCAGAGUGUGGUAAGAGCUUCUCGGAUAAGUCAAGUCUUCUUCGACAUCAAAGAAUCCACACUGGGGAGAAACCAUUUAAAUGCUUAGAGUGUGGAGUCAGCUUUCGUCAGAGCACGUACCUUAGUCGACAUCAAAGAAUCCACACGGGAGAGAAACCAUAUGGCUGCUCAGAGUGCGACAAGAGCUUCUCCCAUAAAUCAAGCCUUAUUCAACAUCUACGAAUCCACACAGGCCAGAAACCUUAUAAAUGCCUCGAGUGUGGAAGAAGCUUCAGUCAGAGGACGUGCCUUAGUCAACAUAGAAGGAUCCACACAGGGGAGAAACCAUACACCUGCUCAGACUGUGGCAAGAGUUUUUCUCACAAAUCAACCCUUAUUCAGCAUUUAAGAAUUCACACGGGGGAGAAACCGUUUAAAUGUUUUGAGUGUGGUAAGAGCUUUAGACUGAGAGGACACCUUACUCAACAUCAAAAAAUCCAUCUCUCAGAUGCUGAACCUUAUUAAACGUAAAAAAUCUACCCAGGGCAGAAACCAUAUAA